GGCAAGGGCGUGGCCCUCUUGCGCCCAUGGAAAGCAAAGAGGCGUGGCUUUAUCCUUAUAGGGGCGGGGCAAUAGAGGGUUAAACUGGUGGAAAGUGCCACGGAAGGGCGAGGCAGGGGCGGCGUUGGGGGCGCACGGCUGAGAUCCGGGAAGUGCUGAAGGAUACUGGGCUGAACUGGUGGCUACUGGGAGCUGCGGACCUUCCCGGUGCCUCGAGCGUGGUCUUCCCUCCACCCCCGGUGCUGAGGCGCAGCCAUGACCCGGCACGGCAAGAACUGCACGGCGGGGGCCGUGUACAGCUACCACGAGAGGAAAAAGGACACAGCGGCCUCGGGUUACGGGACGCAGAAGGUGCGGGUGGGACGCGACGCCAUCAAGGAUUUCGAUUGCUGCUGCCUGUCCCUGCAGCCCUGCCGGGACCCCGUGGUGACCCCUGACGGGUUCCUGUACGAGCGCGAGGCCAUCGUGGGGUUCCUGCUGCACCAAAAAACCAAAAUCGCUCGGGAAACCAAGGUGGGCACCCCAAAAAUCCCCUAAAAAAAUCUGGGGGGGAUUUCCAAAAAAUCCCCCAAAAAAUCCCCAAAAAAAUCCCCAAA